AUGGCUGCACUUUCCACUGAAUGGCCGACAUCAUGCAGUGUUAAUUUUCCAAAUUGGCUGCAUUUUCAAACAUCCCACAUAUCAUCUGAUAAUAACAAUAAGAAGAAAGCUCCGGCCGCACACAAAUCUCCGGUAUUCGACUGCGAUUGCUUCGAUUAUUACACGAACUACUGGUUUCGGUGGGACACGUCUGUUAACCGAGAGCUAAUUCAUCAAGUAAUUGAAGCUAUUGAAGAAAACUUUACCAGUAGUGAACAGGUUAACUGUCGCGGCCGUAAACCUAACCAGAAGAAAGAGAAGGCGAGUCAUCGGAGGUUCGCUGGAAAAGCUUUAAAUCCUCCGUCAGAGGUUUCGGUUUCGCCUCCGUACGACAUCUCAUUAGUUGAAGAAUUUGCAAAGGAAGAACAUGAGGUAGUGGAGGAGUCGCCGGAGACGGAUGCAACGGCGAGAAGAGGACUUCCGGAAGUGAAAGGGUUGUUUAACUGGCGUUUGUGGGGACUUUGGAGUCCGUGA